UAAGCAUCAUCAUCACCGUCAACAGCGGCGGCUGCCGGCCGAAAGGCGCCCCGGGCGACAUCGGUCCUUGGCGCGCCCUUCCCCCCGGCGCGGUGGUGGCGGUCACCGCGGCCCACAGCAUCGUAGAGGGCGAGCGCAGUGGUGCCCGGGCACCGCAGCAGCAGCAGCCGCGAUGUGGGCGGGGAAGGUGGCCUGUCCGUGGUGCGUGGCGUUCGGCUGUGCCCUCUUCACCAUAAUGGUGCUCGUCAGGCGAAACCAGACGUUCCGCUACUUCUUCCGCCUGACCAUCUACUACGUGCUCAUUUCGGCGGUGUGCGCGCUGGCAUGCGUGCCGUGCAUGCUCAGACCCUUCGACCCAGCAAACAUGGUCCUCAUCAGCUACGGCCUCAAGCGUCUCGGCUGCGCCAUAGGCGUGGGGGCGGUGCUUCGCCACGCAGAGCGCAUACCCAGGGACAGAAGAUUCAUAAUGGUCGCCAACCACCAGUCGAGCCUGGACGUGUUCGGGCUGCUGCACAUUUGGAGUGAAGUACAUCCAUGCUUGCCUGUCGUGAAGCGUGAGCUGCUCUACACAGGCCCGCUGGGGGUGGCGUGCUACCUGGCAGGCUGCGUUUUCAUAGACCGUGGCAAUUCCCAGCAGAGUCAUGGAGCGAUCAACGAACACCUUGAUGAUGUCAAGAACGGCAAGGUGAGCUUCCUGUUGUUCCCCGAAGGGACUCGGAACGCAGAACCCAAGAUGCUGCCAUUCAAGAAAGGCGCAUUCCACAUGGCGGUAAACAGCCAGGCCCCCGUACUCCCUUUGGUGCUCAGCAACUACAAAUCAUUCUUCUGUGACAAAGAGAGGAAGUUCAAUGACGGCAUUGUUAAGCUGACCGUGCUGCCCCUAGUCAGCACCGACGGCCUGACCGCGGACGACGUGGCGGACCUGACACAGCGCGUCCAAAGCAUGAUGCAGGAUGAGCUGGACCGGCAGCAAGUCGAACUGGCGGAGCAGCGGCAGAUGGAGACCGCCUCCGUCGGGGUCGAGAGCGCCAUCCUGAGCGAAAUGCGCUUUGCCACCUCAGCGACGAGCGAUUCGGCGGUCGCCAAUAAGGAACGACCCAGAAAUGCCCGAAGGGCCUGCCGCAUCAAACGAUCGAUAUAAUUGUGCCCAGCCACCGCGCGUGUCAUGGACAACAGAUGUUUUGAACGACUGAACCAGCUGGGACAUGGUGGGAGAAUGUGAUCACAGUGAGGGCGGGGGUAAAAAACUCGUGUGAUAAUGCCGAAAUGGUGCAUUUUUCUCAUCGGCUAACAAAACUUCAAAAAAAUUAUGCGUACCGAGGAGCAAAACAACGAAACGAAGCAACAUGCCGAAGUC